GCUGGACGUUCGAUGGACCCUGCGCGGCGCCUCCGAGCCCUUCCUAGGCCUCUGUGCGGCCCAGAGCCUUUCCUGCAGGGUACUUCGCGUUGACGCACUAGUUCUUUCUUGGAGCUCUGUGCCGGAAGGGUAGGAGAGAAAGUACAGCCGCCUGCAGCUAACCUGCCUGCGCUUAGCCACUGCUCCCUCCUCGCCUCCAGUCACCUUCAGCUUUCCCUAACCUGCCUCCCGGCCUCCGCUGGUUUUCCUGGAACCGCAGGUGACCAUUCUGUUGCAAGGCCUCUAAUUUUAAGAAGACAAACAUGGCAUCCAGCAGUCAGAGAAAAAGAAUGAGCCCUAAGCCUGAACUGACUGAAGAACAGAAACAGGAAAUCCGGGAAGCUUUUGAUCUCUUUGACGCUGAUGGAACUGGAACUAUAGAUGUCAAGGAACUAAAGGUUGCAAUGAGGGCCCUGGGCUUUGAACCCAAGAAAGAAGAAAUCAAGAAGAUGAUAAGUGAAAUUGAUAAGGAAGGGACAGGAAAAAUGAACUUUAGUGACUUUUUGACAGUGAUGACUCAGAAAAUGUCCGAGAAAGACACCAAAGAAGAAAUCCUGAAAGCUUUCAAGCUCUUCGAUGAUGAUGAAACUGGGAAAAUAUCAUUCAAAAAUCUGAAGCGUGUGGCCAAGGAGUUAGGCGAGAACUUGACUGAUGAGGAGCUGCAGGAAAUGAUUGAUGAAGCUGAUCGAGAUGGAGAUGGCGAGGUCAAUGAGCAAGAGUUCCUGCGCAUCAUGAAGAAGACCAGUCUCUAUUAAGAUCAGUGCUUCUUUUUCUACUGCAAGCACAUGUGACUAGAUUUAGUGCCUGCCAUUUUGUGAAAUAUGGCUUUUGAGAACCCCCCUCCCCCAACCUCUGGGGUAACUAGCCGUGACCUUGAAUCUAUUUUUGACUUUUGGAAGUUUCUUUGAUAUUAAGUUCUUUGUACCUUUACCUGCUGAUUGAUUCAACAGGGCAACACAAGAGCACACAGUGGGGAAAAGGGUCUGAGAGUGAGUGCAGCCACCCUGCCUUCCAUUACUUCACACUGCUCAUGCAUUUCACACAGCUGCAAACGUACCAUGGCUUCUUAGAUGUCCAUGUAUCCAUGUCACCGUAAGCAGUGGUUGUUUUAAAACUGUUUUAGUUUUUAGUAGACACCAGAGUGUAGUUUUUCCUCUCAUAAAACCUAAUGAAUGCUUGCUGUGGCAUUUGGAUGUGUGUUAAUGUAUUUGUUUUGUUCUAAAAAUAAAACCUUUCUUAAUUUAA